GGCACCGCAGCGGCACCCAGCUAUGGGGCGGCGGGGGGGCUGCGCGGCCCCGAUCUGUCUGCUCCUGCUCCUGCUCCAGGUUGGCCACCGGCUGUGCGAGCGGGCACCGUCCUGCGAGCCCGGCUUCACCGCGGGCACCUUUGCCCUCGCCGUGCCGCGGGACAGCGUGGCGGCGGGACGGGCGCUGGGGCGAGUGAGCUUUGGGGACUGCGGCGAGCAGCGGCGUGCCCCGUACCUCUCAGAUGACACGCGCUUCAAGGUGAGCAGGGAUGGUGUCGUCUCUGCGACCCGGCCCCUGCAGCUCCGGCGGCAGGAGAUCAGUUUCUCUGUCCACACAUGGGAUGCUACGGGCAAGAAGCACUCGGCCAGAGUGACCCUGCGCAGGCGGUGGCACCAUCACCAUCGCCACCAUGACCAGGAGCAGCAAGAGGAUGCUGCAGCUGAUGUGCUGACCUUCCCCAAGCCCAGCCAUGGGCUCCAUCGGCAGAAGAGGGACUGGGUCAUCCCUCCCAUCAACUGCCCCGAGAACGAGCGGGGGCCCUUCCCCAAGAAGCUGGUGCAGAUCAAAUCCAACAAGGACAGGGAGACCAAGGUUUUCUACAGCAUCACGGGGCAGGGGGCGGACACCCCCCCUGUGGGGGUCUUCACCAUCGAGCGGGAGACGGGGUGGCUGGAAGUGACGAAGCCGCUGGACCGGGAGGAGAUCGACAAAUACGUCCUCUUCUCCCACGCCGUGUCAGCCAACGGGCAGCCUGUGGAGGACCCCAUGGAGAUCAUCAUCACCGUGACGGACCAGAACGACAACCGGCCCGUCUUCACCAAGCAAGUCUUUAUUGGCUACAUCGAGGAGAACGCAAAGCCGGGCACAUCUGUGAUGACCGUGAAUGCUACGGAUGCAGAUGACGCGAUCAAUGUGAACAACGGCAUCAUUGGCUACUCCAUCCUCAGCGAGGAGCCCAAGAGUGCGCAGCAGAUGUUCACCAUCGACCCGGAGAGGGGCAUCAUCAGUGUCAUCGGCACGGGGCUGGACCGGGAGACCACCCCCAACUACACGCUGAUCAUCCAGGCUGCAGACCAGGAGGGCAAUGGCUUGACCAACACUGCCACCGCCAUUGUGGAAGUCACAGAUGCCAAUGACAAUGCUCCUGUCUUUGACCCCACCAUGUACCAGGGAACGGUGAAUGAGAAUGAGGUGGGGGUGGUGGUGGCACGGCUGCAUGUGACGGACCGGGACAUGCCAGGCACCCCGGCCUGGCAAGCUGUCUACAAGAUCAAGACUGGGAACCAGGAUGGUGAAUUCAGCAUCACCACCGACCCCAACACCAACGAUGGCAUCCUGAAAACAGCCAAGGGCCUGGAUUACGAGACCAGGAACCAGUACAACCUCGUGGUGACAGUGGAAAAUGCCAUCCCCUUCACCGUGUCCCUGCCGCUCUCCUCUGCCACAGUCCUGGUGACGGUUGGGGAUGUGAAUGAAGCCCCUGUCUUUGUGCCCCCAGUCAAGAGGGUGGAGGUGAUGGAGGACCUGCCGGUGGGGCACCAGGUCACCUCCUACACGGCCCAGGACCCUGACAAGGAUCAGAGGCAGAAAAUCACGUACCGCAUGGGCAGUGACCCCGCAGGGUGGCUUGCCAUCGACCCUGAGAAUGGCAUCGUCACUGCAGCCCAGCCACUGGACCGGGAGUCGGUGCACGCCAUUAACAGCACCUACAAGGCCAUCGUCCUGGCUGUGGACAGUGGGUCACCGGAUGCCACUGGCACGGGGACGCUCCUCCUCCUUCUCCAGGAUGUGAAUGACAAUGGUCCCAUGCCGGAGCCCCGGCUCUUUGAUGUCUGCACCCGGCAGCCUGAGGAUCAGACGCUGACCAUCAUCGACAAGGACCUGCCACCCAACACCUACCCGUUUGAGGCAGUGCUGGAGCACGGCUCUAGCAUCAACUGGACCGUCACACUAAAAGGACAAGACCAGCUGGUGCUGAAGCUGAUGAAGGAGCUGGAGCCAGGGGAGUACAGCAUCUAUCUGAAGCUGACUGACGGCCAAGGCAAGUCGCAGGUGACACAGGUCAAAGCUCAGGUCUGUGACUGUGAAGGGCCAGCCAAGAACUGCGAGCGGCGAGCAUUCAUCGCCAGCGGGCUGGGCGUCCCUGCCAUCCUGGGCAUCCUAGGCGGAAUCCUGGCACUGCUCAUUCUGCUGCUGCUUCUGCUGCUCUUCGCUAGGAGAAGGAAGGUGGUGAAGGAGCCACUGCUCCCACCUGAGGAUGACAUGCGGGACAAUGUCUACCACUAUGACGAGGAGGGUGGUGGAGAGGAGGACCAGGACUACGACCUGAGUCAGCUGCAUCGGGGCCUGGAUGCCCGCCCUGAGGUGAUCCGCAAUGAUGUGGCCCCCCCGCUGAUGGCUGCCCCUCAGUACCGGCCUCGUCCUGCAAACCCCGAUGAGAUUGGGAACUUCAUCGAUGAGAACCUGAAGGCAGCCGACACGGACCCCACGGCCCCCCCCUACGACUCCCUGCUGGUGUUCGACUACGAGGGCAGCGGCUCCGAGGCCACCUCGCUCAGCUCCCUCAACUCCUCCUCCUCUGACCGCGACCAGGACUACGACUACCUCAACGAGUGGGGCAACCGCUUCAAGAAGCUGGCGGACCUGUACGGCGGUGGGGAGGAGGAUGACUAGGACCCCCGGCCCGGCUGGCAACCGCCCAGCCUAGGCAGCUUGCCUCAUUUCACCCCACCGGACUGAUGUUGGUCUUUGCCUCCAACACUCCUCAGCCUGAUGCCCACGUCCCCCUCAGUCGGUGCAGGGGAGUCUCAGGGUCACCAGGGCUAGGGAGGGCUUUUUUUUGGGGAUCUUCCUUAUUUCUUGCCCCCUUCAGCUCCAGGCAGGGCAUGGAGCCAUCCAGCCCCUUACCCAUCCUGGCUGCAUGGACAAGGGUCAGCUCCUCUUCCCCAGCAGGGACAGGCUCCCACUGCCUCCCCCCCCUUUGCUACAGGGGAAAUAGGAUUUCUCUGAUGCUCUCCAAAGUACCUCGUGCUCCCUACCCAGACACAACCACCAACCUGCCACUGUGUUCAGCUCACAGAGCUGGUGCUGGAGAAGCGGGGCAGCCCUGGCACCGUGCCUCUGCUGGAGCGGGGUGAGGUGAUGCAUAAAUGCAGACCAAAGAUGCGCCAUCACGCGCUAUACAUGGGGGAUUUAUAUUUGAUACAGUACAUACAGGCAGAUUUCUAUUUUUCUGUAUCCCAGAUUAUGAUGAUUUCCUGCUGUGUCAUGCCAGGUGUAAUUAUUGUGCAAUGAAAGGCUCUUUUGGAAAUCAAACUGGCUUCACUGAAAUUCUGAGUUCUGUUUUAGCUUGUUUGUAUUUUUUAUCAUGGGAAAAGGGUCUAAUGUGGGCUGGAAAGCCAGCAGUUGUCUAGUGCUGAUUGUACGGUUUUUAUAUAAAAUUGAAAUAAUAAAUUGUCUUAAGAAAACCAAAA